AAUUAAAUCAUCGAACGCCACACUGAAAGAAAUGAUUCAAUGAGAAAGGUUUACCAAAAUUAUUCUUACUAGGGCUGAUUUAUUUCUUACUCUCCAGUUAAAACAGCCCUAUAGACAUAGUAAAUUGAGUUGCUAUAGUUGUUAAAUCAAUUUUACUAGGUUUUUCUUACUAAACCAAUGAAUGUGUUUUAUUGUCACAUUCAAAUGUCGAAUUGCCGCAGUAAACCUAAGUUGCCUGACCGUCGCCCAAUACCCAUAACAAUUCAGCAUUACUAUGAGAGAUAUCUUCGUUCCAUAAAUUUACUACCACAGUCGCACUUGUCUCUGCCACAGUUAAUAUUGUUUCAUUAAAUCAGUCGAAUAUAUGCGAUAAUGAUCGAAUGAAGGGUUUCGCGCCACCCGAUUCGCCCGCUCACACGAUCGUCAACGAAAACGAAAUCAGCGUAUCUUCUGCUUUCUGUCCAACUAAGCGUUCUCUAAUCGUCUUUAGGCAGUCGAGCAAAUAAAACCAAAGUGAUUGAACGAAUUUAAUUUAAUUCAAAAGCAUAUCCUCAUAGUGUUGUUAAAAGUGUCCAUUUGAAUAUUCCGGAAUAUUUGUUGUGCUUGCCAUCAAUCCUGAUUCCUGGGACAGUGGGACAUAUUCGAACAGGUGUUUGUGCAGCGCAUUUUGAAUCUGAGACUUCCCAAUGGAGAAUUCACGCUUUGCAAAUUUAUUACAAAGUUGCGGUCUAGAAGAUUACAUCGAAAAAUUUACAGAUGAAGGUAUCGAUGAUACCAACUUUGAAUUGUUGCAUAAUGAAAACGAUACACUCAAAGAAAUUUUUCCAAAAAUUGGACCAAGAAUGGUUUUCAAAAAAAUGUUGAGUGAUCUGCGAUUAUCGAGUGGGCAGCACUGUCUAAUUGAUGUUAAUCAAACGGUUGAACUUGAUAUGCCAUCUAUAUCAAGUGCUUCAACCAUUUCCAAUAAUAAUCUAUUCAUAGAAGUUGAUGACGAUUUAAAAUCAUUGUUGGAGCAUCCGCAGAUCUCAAACAUAUCAGAAAGUCCUGCAUUGGAGAGAAUAGGGGAGGAUAUAAAAAUUACUUCCGUAUUCGCACCCCUAAACUUAGAACAAGUUUUGAGGAAAGAUUCAGAGGGCCGAAUGAUAUUGCUGUAUCACCGAAAAUUGGACAACAAUCUGCGUAAUAAAUUGGCCAAAAUUAUUAUAAACGAAAUAAUACAAAAAUUCUCCAGUAGCAACUUAAAAUCAGAGGUAUUUACCAGAGCAUCCCAAGAAAUUUCAAGGCUCUUGCCCAAUGAAGCACAGGAGGUUUAUUUUACGCCAUAUACCAAGUCUAGUUCCAAUCUGAGGAAACAAGCACCAAGGGGAAAACUCUGGUCGAGAUAUAUUCAUGUUAAAGCUGGCCUGAGAUUGGCCGAAAAAUUUUCAAAUAAUUAUAAAUCAGAAGAACAUGCAUCAUUAUUGACAGAACCUUCUGAAGAAGUUAUUUCAAGUUUGAAAUUAUUAGAAUCAGACGCAACUGAUUUCCCAAGAUUGUUGCUGGCGUGGAAAGCAACUUUCGAAGAGAGAAGGGAUUUCAUUCUUAAAGAAGAUAUACUGAAUAUACUUAUAAAGUAUCCAAUAUUGAGAACCCAGAACGGUAUUCAGUUGUUCGAAUCUGACUUCGAUAGACAAAACCCUGGAGAAAUAGACAUUGUAUACAAAGAAUGGCCUAAAGUAGCGGAAGCUAUUAUUGACGAGUGCAAAGAUAGGAAAAUUGAUAUUGGAUCCGAAUUACAUGAUAGAUCCACAAAAGCAUUACUGAAGCUGCCAUAUCUUUAUCCCAUGAUAACCUUGAGAAACCAAGGUAAAACCUGGAGACCAACAAGACUCGAGUGCCAGGAAAGUUUUUUUGUCAGUGUAGAGAAACUAGCAGAUCUGGAAAAUUUGGUUCUGUUAAAAAAAAAUAAAUUGGCGAAAUUAAAGAUUCCAUUUCAACCCUUCGGUGCAGUGAUUGAGGAAGAAUAUUUUGUUGUAUUUUUUGACACUCACUACAAACUCGAUUCGCCCAUCAGAUGUCUGGAGGCAUUAUAUAAACUCUUCCAUGCUCUAAAUUUAGAAUAUCCUUUGGAAGUUAAGAAUAAGGAAGUUGUGCCUUUGAACACAUUGGAACUCAACUGCAUUCAUGCAAUAUUGGAUGCAAAACUGGUAACGACCGUGUAUGGAGAUUGUAUUCUUCUAGAACUUGAAGAUAAUAAGAUUUUUUUACCAAAAAGAGCAACGUUGGUUUUGAAAGAACAUUUGGAUGAGCUGAACAGUCAGAAAUAUGGUAUCAAAUUUAUUGGAAUGAAGGAGAUCAUAGGACUCACAACAUCAACACCGCUGUUCCAGAUUGAGUUGAUGGAAUAA